ACAAGAUUAACCUCCAUGAUUGCAAGAAAUCAUAGGAAACAGAACAAUAAACAACCUAAUUGGAACUGUUCUAUUGAGUACAAAGUGAAUUAGUAGUAUUUACAAAAACAAAAAUUUUGUUUGAGGUUUAUAGUGCAAAAUUUUUUUUGGACAAUGAACCUUGGGGGGGCAUUGCCGGCCAUUACCAAUCCACUUCCAAAUCUCUUACACACUGCUCAAGGAACAGUAAAAAAAGUCAUGUGCAUGCCACGUGGAUAGCGGCUUGUACGGCUUUACUUUAAUGACUUUCACUUAUUUCUUCCUCCUCUUCUUACGUUAACAAGCAACGGCAAGGUCUCUCCGUGAUUCUUUCUUACAAAAAGCUAAAUCUCAAAAAUCUCUCAAAUGCAAGUAGGAACAGCAGUUUCUUGAUCUUCCUCGACAAUGGGAAGCUGCACUUCGAAGCCUUCAAAGCCAAACCCAUAUGCCUCAAGAGAGAACCAGCAGAAUGACUAUCCUGCCCCUACUCAACCACCCAAAUCUCCUCCUCCUCUUCUCCCUCCAACCACACCUUUCCUCCCCAUGUACACCCCAAGCCCUGCCCACCCAAACAAACCCAAGACUCCUUCAACUCCUCUUCGGCUUUUUCGGAGAUCCUUUCCUCCUCCUUCUCCCGCCAAGCACAUCCGAGCAGUGCUGAGGCGGCGGAAGGCUAACAAGAAAGCGGAAAAUGAGGCUAGAAUUGCGGAGGGAGAGGAGGAUGAGGACGAGGAAGGGGUUGAGUUGGAUAAAAGAUUUGGGUUUUCAAAGGAGUUGAGGAGUAGGAUGGAAGUCGGAGAGGAAGUUGGCAGAGGGCAUUUUGGGUACACUUGUUCUGCAAAGUUCAAGAAAGGUGAGUUCAAAGGCCAGCAGGUUGCUGUUAAAGUCAUCCCCAAGUCCAAGAUGACAACAGCUAUUGCAGUUGAGGAUGUGAGAAGGGAGGUGAAGAUAUUGCGAGCCUUGACAGGACAUAACAAUCUAGUGAAAUUCUAUGAUGCAUUUGAAGAUCAUGAUAAUGUCUAUAUAGCAAUGGAGUUGUGCGAAGGAGGCGAACUUUUGGAUAGAAUACUUGCAAGGGGUGGAAAAUACUCAGAAGAUGAUGCAAAGGCUGUAAUGGUCCAGAUACUAAAUGUUGUUGCCUUUUGUCAUCUUCAGGGUGUGGUGCAUCGAGAUCUUAAACCAGAGAACUUUCUAUAUACAUCCAAGGAAGAGAACUCUUUGCUGAAAGCCAUAGACUUUGGCUUGUCAGAUUUUGUCAGACCAGAUGAAAGACUUAAUGACAUUGUGGGAAGUGCAUACUAUGUGGCCCCCGAAGUUCUACAUAGAUCAUAUGGUACAGAAGCUGAUGUUUGGAGUAUAGGAGUGAUAGCAUAUAUUCUUUUAUGCGGUAGUCGUCCAUUUUGGGCUAGGACUGAAUCUGGAAUUUUUCGAGCAGUCUUAAAAGCUGAUCCAAAUUUUAACGAGGCACCUUGGCCUACCUUGUCUUCAGAAGCUAAGGACUUUGUGAGGCGCCUCCUGAAUAAGGACCCUAGGAAAAGAAUGACAGCAGCUCAGGCUCUGAGUCAUCCUUGGAUUCAGAAUCAUAAUGAUGUUAAGGUCCCUCUCGAUAUUUUAAUAUUUAGACUUAUGAAGGCAUAUCUGCGAUCAUCUACUUUGCGCAAGUCUGCUUUAAAGCAAUUUUGUUUCCUACAGGCAUUGUCUAAGACAUUGACUGUGGAUGAGCUGUUUUACCUGAGAGAGCAAUUUGCAUUAUUAGAGCCCAAAAAUGGUAGCAUAACCUUGGAGAAUAUUAAGACGGCCCUUAUGAAAAAUGCGACAGAAGCAAUGAAGGAGUCUCACGUUCUUGAUUAUCUUUUAUUGCUAAAUACACUUCAAUACAGAAGAAUGGAUUUUGAAGAAUUUUGUGCAGCUGCAUUAAGUGUCCAUCAGCUUGAGGCACUUGAUCGCUGGGAACAGCAUGCCCGCCGUGCAUAUGAGCUUUUUGAGAAGGAUGGAAACAGGGCUAUUGUCAUUGAGGAGCUCGCUUCGGAACUUGGUCUUGGACCCUCUAUUCCAGUUCAUGCUGUUCUUAAUGACUGGGUGAGGCAUAGUGAUGGGAAGUUGAGUUUCCUUGGGUUCGUGAAAUUGUUGCGCGGCCCAUCCAGUCGAUCCCUUGCGAAGCCACAAUGAUUUCACAAGGGAUGUUGACUGUAGGAAAUACUAAUCAUGUCACCAUGGUCGAUUACAAUUCAAUGAGACGUGGGAUCAGCGCACUUUAAAAAUGGAUUGAUCUUUCUAAUAAUUUUGGGAGAGUCGGGAAGCUGGGGAAGCAUGCUCCCUGUAUCCAGCUUCAGCUCAGAUUAUGAGGCAUCAACUUUAUGCUAAUUCUUUGAGAAGUUUGAAAGUUAUGGGAUGAUUUGAAAGGCAGCAAAAGUAUCAUUGGCAACAAAAUGUAAAACUAAAUAUAGUUUUAGCUUGCCUGAAUGGGGCAAUAAGUUUGUCUCGUUACACUUUUUUAUUAUUUAUAUAUGUUCGAUUUAUUAUUUCCCCAACUUUUAGCUAUCCAGUCUGGGAGGAUUUGUUUCCUAUCAAAUAGGAAUUGGACUCAAAUUUAAUUCAAUUGAAUUACGUAAUGAUCAGGAAUUU